CGUCCUCUGUCUCUCUCUCUCUCCAUCUCCAUUUGACCAAUCAAUCACUAGCCGUUUCUUACGCUAAUCAUAUCCACUCCUUGGUUCAAGCAAAAUCUCUCCCAAUUUUUUUAUUCCCACACUACCGCAAACUGGCAUUUUCUCUGUCGGGAUCUCCCUCACGGCAGAGUUUCAUCGCUAAAUUGAAACCCUAGGUUGCUGAAAUGAAUCACUAUCACAUCUAUGAGGCCAUUGGCCACGGCAAGUGCUCGACUGUUUAUAAAGGGAGGAAGAAGAAGACUAUCGAGUAUUUCGCUAUUAAGAGCGUCGAUAAAUCGCAGAAGAGCAAGGUUCUUCAAGAAGUGCGGAUACUUCACUCUCUAGAUCAUCCAGACGUUUUAAAAUUCUAUUCCUGGUAUGAAACAUCUGUUCAUUUGUGGUUAGUUCUGGAAUACUGCGUUGGAGGUGAUUUAAUGACCUUACUACGGCAGGAUAAUCAGCUACCUGAAGAUUCUAUUCAUGAUCUUGCUCUAGGCCUUGUCAAAGCUUUGCAGUUUUUACAUUCAAAGGGAAUCAUUUACUGUGACUUGAAACCAUCGAACAUCCUAUUGGACGAGAAUGGACAUACAAAGCUAUGUGAUUUUGGGUUGGCAAGGAAAUUGAGUGAGAUAUCUAAAACUCCUUCUUCCAUGUUGCCUCAAGCAAAACGUGGAACACCCUGUUACAUGGCUCCUGAGCUCUUUGAGGAUGGAGGAGUCCAUUCUUAUGCAUCUGAUCUGUGGGCCCUAGGUUGUGUACUAUAUGAGUGCUAUGCAGGUCGGCCUCCCUUUAUGGCAAGGGAGUUCACUCAUCUAGUAAGAUCCAUCCUUUCAGAGUCAACGCCACCUCUUCCGGGUACUCCAAGCCGUCCUUUUGCCAAUUUGGUCAAUUCUCUACUAGUAAAAGAUCCAGCUCAAAGAAUGCAGUGGCCUGAUGUGUGUGGACAUGUUUUUUGGAGAACUAAAUUGACUGUAGUGCCUUUACCUCCUCAGCCUGCUUUUGAUAAUAUGAUAGAAUCAUACAUUAAACCAUGCCUCUCAGAACGUAACGGUGAUAGAUCUUUACAAAGCAAGACUCCUCCUAAAUCACGUGAAAAAGAUGCAAAAGGUGGUAUGAAACAGGAUGAGAAUUCUAUAUUGGGAUCAACUCCAGUCAGGGGUACACCAAGUGGCCGGAAGACACAAACUAAGGCAUCUGGCAGAGUAGUCGAGGAGAAACAGAAAGAUGCUUCCAGUGCUACUAGGCGUGUCAAUCUCUUACGCUUGUCAAGAAUAGCAAAAACAAACUUAAAGAGGGAGAAUGAGAAAGAAAACUAUAGAAGGCCCUUGCCUAAUGGCUCUGAGAAUGAUUCUGAAGUCAAAAUUGAGGACACUAAUAUGGAACUUGAUUUUAAUGAAAAUGCUGAAGAUGAGUCACAAGAUGAAGCAGAUGGGUCUGAUAAUCCUCCUUGUACAACUGAGGACCAAUCACCUAUUCAAACUCCACAUCAUGAGAAACUGGAAGAGAGUGGCCGCAACUUACAUCAUUUAGACACACCACCUGUAUAUAAUAUGCCUGCCUCAGAUGAAUCAAGGAAACCUGAUCGUCAGUCAUCUUCAGAGCAUGUUGAAGUGGCUGCUACUCCACCCAGUGUCAGCCCUCAACUCAAAAUUCAGAGAAUUAAAGAAGGUUCAGUGCCUGCCCAUGAUUCUGAUUCUUCAAGAUCAUCUAACAUCCUUUCACAGGUACUUUGGCAUCCAUCAGAUCUUUCAGUCCGGCCUGUAAUGCCCAGCAGAAAAGCUGAUAAAGUAUCAGAAGUAUUUCCUUCACUUCCAUUUGAGGCCCUGCAAGCAUCUGAUUUUGUGAAGAUGUCAAAGGAGCAGCUGGAUGCUCUUAACAAUAGGAUUCUAGCCAUUCUUAAUGGAAACGCUAGUGUUGGGGAGAAGCAGAAUGUGAUUAGAUACCUUGAAAUGUUGAGCAAUAAUGCCGAUGCAGCCAAUAUCUUGACCAAUGGGCCAAUCAUGCUCUUGCUUGUUAAAAUGCUUCGGCUGUCUAAGACAUCCGCUUUGCGAGUGCAGCUAGCUUCGCUUAUUGGCUUGCUCAUUCGGCAUUCUACUUUUAUUGAAGAUGAUUUGGCAAAUUCUGGAAUUUUAGGCUCACUAACUGAUGGCCUUAGGGACAAGCAAGAAAAAGUGAGGAGGUUUUCGAUGGCUGCUUUGGGUGAGUUGCUUUUCUAUAUUUCAACACAGAAUGAACAUGCCAGAGAUAGCAAUCCACCAGAAUCUCCAUCAAAGGAUAGCCGGGCAGCAUCUGGCUGGCAGGUUCCAAAUUCGUUGAUUUCAUUGGUGUCUUCAGUUUUACGUAAAGGGGAAGAUGAUAUGACUCAACUUUAUGCAUUGAGGACAAUUGAAAACAUCUGCAGUCAAGGUGGACACUGGGUUGCUCGUUUCAUUACCCAGGAUGUCAUUACCAACCUGUGUUAUAUAUACAGAGCUGCAGGGAAACAGGAAAGCAUGAGGCUAACUGCAGGAUCAUGUUUAGUUCGCCUUGUGCGCUUCAAUCCUCCUAGCAUUCAGCCAGUUAUGGAGAAACUUUCUUUCAAGGACAUAGCAUCUGUCCUUGUUAAGGGUAGUCCACGUGAGCAGCAAAUCAGUUUAAAUCUUCUAAACAUGGCCAUGCUUGGAAGCCAUAUGUUUACCAAUCUUGGACGACACCUUCUAUCCUUGGUGGAGGAUAAGAAUCUGGUCCCUAGUCUUGUGUCUCUAAUCGAACAGGGAAGUGAAGUUCUAAGGGGAAAAGCACUUCUUUUUGUUUCUCUCCUUUGUAAGAAUGGAAAAAGGUGGCUGCUGCACUUUUUUUGCAAUGCUAGGUUACUUUCGUCAGUGGAUAGAUUGGCAAAAGAGAAGGACAGUUUUGUGCAGCAAUGUCUGGAUUCAUUUGUACAUGUUGUGACAUCUAUUAUACCAGGUCUACUAGAUACUAUAACUGGAGAUAUUCAACAAAUGAUGGGAGGAAGGCGCCAUGGGCAGAUCUCUUCCCUCACCAGCCGAGCUGCGCCAAAAACCAGUGUUCAUUUGUUUCCAGUUGUUCUUCAUCUUCUUGGGAGCUCAUCAUUUAAGAAUAGGGUGGUGAGCCCUCUGGUCCUGCAGCAGCUGGCAAAUCUUAUUAGAGUUGUGGAGACACCAUUUCAGGGGAGAGAUGACUUUCAAAUAACUCUUUUACGAAUUCUGGAGUCUAUUGCGGAGGAGUCCUCGUCAAUUCUUGGGAGCCCUGACGUUUUUACCCGUGAAAUUCUUCCUAGUCUGGCUGUUCUAUAUAAGGGUAAUAAGGAUGGUGAUGCCAGAUUUUUGUGCCUGAAAAUUUUAUUUGACGUGAUGAUCAUUUUUCUGAGUGAACCUUUUGAGGAUCAGCAGAGAUUGAAAGACUUGAAGUCCAUAUCCAAUUCUCAUUUCCUUCCUCUGUACCCUACCUUCAUUGAAGAUGAAGAUCCCAUACCCAUGUAUGCACAGAAGCUUCUUGUGAUGCUCAUAGAGUUUGAUUAUAUUAAAAUUUCAGACAUUCUACAUCUGAAGACAGUUUCACAAUGUUUCGAGUUUUUGCUCGGUGAUCUAUCAAGUGCAAAUGUAAACAGUGUUAAAUUGUGCCUGGCUCUGGCAUCUGCUCCUGAAAUGGAAUCCAAGUUACUUUCUCAAUUGAAAGUAGUUAGGAGGAUUGGAAACCUUUUGGAGUUUGUAUAUGCAAAGGGUAUGGAAGAUUUUCUUGAACCAACUCUUGGCCUGUGUAGAGCUUUUCUUCUGCGUUCAGUAGGCUGUAGAAAAGGCGUCAUCAACAAAGAACCAGCACUCUUAGGUGAUUGCCCUUCUGAGUUUAGCAGUGCAAUUGAUCAACAGCAAUGUAUAAGAGACAUAAUGGAUUUUGGUGGAAAUGUCGGUGUCUUGCUGGACCUAAGUGGAUCGCAUGAACCAAAUAUUGCCGAUGUGGCAUCUGAAUGUGUUGUAUUGCUACUCAAGUCAGCUCCAAGAGAAGCCACCACAGGAUUUCUUACUAAUCUUCCAAAGGUUACUGUGAUCCUUGAGUCUUGGCGCAGGAACAACUCUCAAUUCAUUUUGCAGCGGAUGCUGCAUGCUCUUGGUUAUUCUUGUAGUCAAUAUUUGUCACACGCAAUGAUUCUAUCCAUAUCUAUUCCGGAAAUCUCAAGGAUUGAAGCCAUUAUUGCUGAGCUGAAAACUUCAGGUAUACCUGCUUUAACAAAUGCUGCCUUGCUUGCAGCCUCUGAGUUGCAGCGGCUGCCUCGAUGCAUUUGAAGUCCUGGAAACGGCAUGUGAGUUGCUCUUCCAUCUUGUUUUCAGCAAUCGCCUCUCGGGUAAUUUAUUGCCUUAAGUUGCAAGUGCUCUUAGAAUUCAUUCAUCGGCUUUUCACUAGGACAUAAAAAGCUAUUUUCGUGAAAUCUUGAGGGGGAGGUCAAUGAUAAAUGAAAUGUGAGGCUUGUCCUUGUAUAAUCUACGUAUACUUUUGUAUCAUCUAUACACUUGUUCAAUGAGUUCUUUUUCCUGAAAAUUUGCUCAUAAGCAAAUUAGAUCACCUUCUAUGCAA